ACAGACCAAACGGAACCGCAAACCGAACAGGAGGAACAGGAAGAGGAAUUCGUCGACUAUGCGGAGGAGGAUCUGGCCACCUUGGUCGGUUAUGUCAAAGACAUGACCACGCUUUACGACCUGAGACAGUCCGAUUGGAACCAGACUGUCGAGGAGUGCAUAAAGGAAUGGCUGCAGCACAAGAAGCUGCCGUUGCUGUCCAUCUAUUUCGACGAACGUAACCUGUGUGCCACUUUGGGGGUGCCCACCACUCGCAUCGUCGACAUGAUGUACUUCGCCAGGGAACCCGGAGAAGUGUUCGACGUUCACACCUUCCACGACGUGGUGGUGUUUGGCCUACUCGAUAGUGACAUAGAAGGGGCCAUCCUGCACACAAUAAGCAACGUUUAUCUGCCGGUCUUCUUGGAGACCACGAGAUGGCCUAACAGUGUUCGUAAUUAUCUCUACUACUCCAUGCACAUGUUCCUGGCGAAGCUGACAGACGUGCGUCACAAGCAGUGCGGCGCCACCGUCCUCUACGUACCCAGGGAGGUGCAGGACAUAACGGCCGAAGACGCCAUACAAGAUCGAGAGCUGAUCAAACGUCUGGAGGCCAUCGUUGUGUACUGGACCAAACAAAUCAGGGUCGGAAUCCAAGAACAAAGCCAAUCGUCCAGCACCGACCUACGUACCAUCAUGGACGAGUACGAGGCCUGGAAGUUCAGAUACCAGAACCUGUUGGGGGUGCAGUACCAAAUCGACGACGCCUCAGUCAAACACAUCUGCGACAUCCUGGUGAUGGUGCAAUCGACCUACGUGCGUCAGUUCAUGAUCCUGCUGGAGGAGAUCAAAAGUAACAUCCAAGAGGCCAAGUCCAACAUUGAUUUCCUGCGCGUGUUGGAGAAGCCGAUCGCCGAACUGAAGGAACAGACCCAUCCGAAAGACAUACCCUCCAAUCUGGUCAAAAUUCUGCAGCUCAUCCGAUACAUUUGGCUCAAAAGCCCUUACUACAACACCCACGAAAGGAUCUCGUUGCUGUGCAAGGCCCUCAGCAAUCAAAUCAUAGCUCAGUGCACCCACUAUCUAAAUCUGGACAUCAUUUUCGACGAGAAGAAGACUAGGCUGGGCAUUAAGAUGUUGGAGGAGGUCAUCGAGUGCAUGUCGCAGUACAUCAAGGCCUACGUCCUGGUUAGUGAGAGUCACAUAAAACACGGAGAUAAGCCUUGGAACCUGACGAAGGCGCCGAUCUUCAACCACAUCGACUCGUACAUCCAGCGUUGCAGGGACGUGUUGGAAAUAUGCGACGCCAUGAUCGUUUUCGGGCGCUACGACGAAACCGAGAACAUCCCGUUCCCUCAGUUCAUAGGUUCCAAAGGGCCGGAGUUCGACAGUUGGGUGCGCAGGAUAGAGAAGAUGUUCGACGACGUGCUGCGCCAGGUGAUGAAGGUGAAGCACAGGAUUUUGGACGUGCAAGCUGUGGAAUGGUACGAGGACAUACUCAAAUUCAGGACCAAGACCAAGGACAUCGAAGUGGUGGUGGAGAAUUUGGCCAAUGCGGUUUUUCACGAUGUCGCCAACUUGGAGGAUGGGAUUUUGUAUUUGGCCUGUUUGUACAACUACUCGAAGAAGAAGUCGCUGCAGCUGUUGUUCGAGCAGAAGACGGCACAGAUUUACAAGAUGUUCUACAAGGAGGUGCAGGACUGCAAGGAGGAAAUUGCCCAGGACAACAUCAGGUACAUGGCUAUUAGUCCGAUUCAUGCGGGCAAAGCUCUGAUGAUCAAGAUGAAGCAGAAGCGAUUGAUGAACCUGAAAAAGAUGUUCGAUGAUGCCGGAUGGUUGAUGCCGUGCAGCAUUUCCAAAGAGAUUUUCGGACAUUACUUCAAGCUUCUGGAGUCGAUGCAGGAAAAGAUAUUGUUUUUGUACAAAAAAUGGGUGGCCAGUACUGGAGAAGAUGUGAUUUCCAGACUCAACAGACCUUUGAUGUGCAGGAGUCGCAUGAAGCCAGGUCUUUUGGAGUGCAACAUUGACAGAUCUUUGCUGAAGAUUUUUCGAGAGACCAAAAUUUUUAAUGAAGCUUUAGACUUUGAGGUCCCCUUUCACAUUAAAGGGCUGUACCAAAAGGCGAAAACCAUACUUUUUGUCUACGAAAGUGUUUUGACUGUUGUUCUGGAUUACAACAGAGUGAUUUCCAGUUUAUCGGACGAAGAAAGGCUACUAUUUAAACCUUUAAUCACUGCUGUUGAAAGGAAAAUAUCUCCAGGUCUUACAAAAUUAACUUGGUCGUUUGAUGUGGUUGAUGAAUACAUUGCUGACUGCUGUAACAACACUGCAGAGCUUCAAGCAGUCGUGGACGACUACAAGAACUGCAACAUGAAAAUUAUUAGUAUCUGCGAGAAGAUUUGUGACUCCCCACUGAUCAUCAUCACUCCCAACCACAAAUUUGAGCUGGAGGAGUUUGUGGACCACCUCAGCAAAUGCAUGGCGGAACAGAUUAACGUCAUCAUAGGCUAUUUUAAGGAAAUAAUCCAAUUUUUGGUGGUGGUGUAUGAAGGCUUCGAGUUUCACAUGCAACAGAUGUGCGAACAAUGGAUUAGGUACAUAAACAAUUUCGAUAGCUUGUUUGAGGAAGCUUUGAAGACUUGUUGUAAAAACUCCCUUCAACACGUCUUCGAGAAGCUUCACGGCGAAGAAAACAUGGGACCAACCGCAAUAGCUAAGACCAAAAUCAAUUUGACCAAAAACGUGAUAACGUUCACUCCUUCAAUCUCGGAGAUAGCAAGAGUGAUGGCAAACUUCCACAACUCCUUGGUUCAAGUUUUGAGACAAAUUCCCAGAUUGAACGACAAGUUCCACGUAGCAAACGUAGAAACUCCUCCAUUUAGUUACAUCAUCGAGACUGAUCCAGCUUGCUGCAACCUACAAAAUAAAAUCAAUCAAGAGGUGAUGAUAAACGUGGAGAAGAUCAGAGAGUACUUGAAGGUCUGGGAUCCGUUUAAGCCAUUGUGGGAAAUUGACAAGGCCAAGUUUAUUGUGAGAUUUGCUGCCUCCAAUCCAUCAGCAAUUGUCUAUGACUCAAACAUUCAAAGAUAUGGAGAAAUCGCCAAUGACGUUCAAAUUCAGGAGUCAGUGGUCUCCAUUCAUUUCCUUUUGAUCAACUGCAACGACUUCAAGAAGUCUUUAAUCGACCACAUAAUCGAAUGGGAGGAAGUUCUGGCCCAGAAACUGACCGAAACCAUCCUUACUACUAUCCAUCACCUCAUUGCUUACAUCCAGCAUAGUUCUGAAGUGAUUAUGAAGCCUCCAGAGUCUAUUGCCCAGAUGCAGGAGUCAUUGAUGUACUACGACAUGUUGAGGAUUGAAGUACCGGAGAAGGAGGAAAUGUUCCCCGCCCUCAGAGAUCAAAUAGCAGUUUUGGACAAGUACGGUUUCACCUACACGGAUGAGAUUAAAAACGGCCCCGGUAAAAUUCAGUCCAUGUGGGCCGAGUAUUUGCUAUUGUUGGAUGAAGCUGAGAAACUUCUUAACUAUUACAAGCAAGAGUUCAAGACGCAGCUGUUGGAGGAAACGGACCAGCUGAAACAAGAAGGCCAUCAAAUGAUGGAGGAAUUCACCAAAGCCGGUCCAUUUAAUUCUGACUGGUCGCCGAAAAUGGCGCUAGCCUACAUUGCAGAUUUGAAGGAGCAGCUCGCCAGGAUGAAGGAGAAGGAAGAUGAUUUAAGGGCCAAUCUAGCUUUGUUCGGCUUCAGCCUGCCUGAAAAUGAGGAACUGAAGACUUUGGAAAAGGAGCUCCAAAUGAUUGAGCUGGUUUGGCUUUUGGCUGAUGAAUGGGAAAACGCUUGGGAAAAGUACAAGUCGGGGGAGUUUUGGGAAAUUGAAACGGCUGAAAUGGAGGAAACAGCCCAAAAUUUGUUCAGGAAACUAACGAAACUUGCCCAACAACUGAAAGACAAAGGGUGGACCAUCGUAGAAGACACCAGAGCUAAAGUGGACGCAUUCCGACGCACUUUACCCUUGAUUGGAGCCUUGAAGAACCCGGCGAUGAGACCCAGACAUUGGGACCAAGUCAGAGAACUGGUUGGCAUUGAUUUCGACGAGAACUCCAAGGAGUUCAACCUUGAAGCAAUAGCUUCCCUUAAAAUGCACAAUUUUGUUGACGAAAUCACUGACAUCUCCAACGCUGCCACCAUGGAGCUUCAAAUCGAAAACGGACUGAAGGCAAUUGCGGAGUUUUGGAGGAACAUGCUGCUAGAGAUGAUUCCGUACAAAGAUCAAGGCGUAUACAAGAUCAAAACGGUGGACGAGAUAUUUCAGGCGUUGGAAGAGAACAUGUCGCAGAUAUCGGCGAUGAAGGCCACCAGAUUCGUGCAGCCGUUCAUUCGGGAGGUGGAGUAUUGGGAAAAAACAUUAUCGUACAUCAUGGAAACUUUGGAAGCAGCCUUGAACGUUCAAAAAAUUUGGAUUUACCUGGAGGUGAUAUUCUACGGUGAAGACAUCCGAAAGCAGUUGCCCAAAGAGGCGGACAACUUCAACAGGAUAACGGACGAUUGGAAGACCAUCACCUCGUACAUGUCUUACGCCAAGAAGGUACUGAAGGCGACGCAUUUCCGACCGGCGCCUUACCUGCUGAACAAACUGAACCAGAUGAGCGCCAAGUUGGAUAACAUUCAACGUGAGUUGGAGAAGUAUUUGGAGACCAAGAGGAACAUCUUUCCUCGCUUUUACUUCAUCUCCAACGACGACAUGCUGGAAAUUUUGGGCAACUCUAAAAAGCCUGAGAUGAUACAACCGCACUUGAAGAAGCUGUUCGACAACCUCUGCAAACUUAAAGUGGAGAAAAACAUUGGGUCCAAUAAAAUUGAGGCAUUAGGGAUGUUCUCAGACGACGGGGAGUACGUGGAGUUCAUCCAUCCAAUUAUAAUACAAGGAAGCGUGGAGAACUGGCUGUUGGAAGUGGAGGGUGCAAUGAGGGCAAUAUUGAAACAAGAGUUUAAGCCAGUUAGGCAACAGCUGAAGAAAAUGUUGAACAAAAGAGACAAAUGGUUGUUGAGUAACAUUGGGCAAAUAUGCAACGCCUGCAGUUUGAUUCAAUGGACAACCGAUUGUACCAGAGCAAUUGUACAUGCCAGCAUGUUGGACAGUAAGAAGCCUUUGAAGAGGCUAAGGAGGAAACAGACGGGAGUUUUGAGCAAGCUGAGCGAACUUAGCAGGCAAAAUUUGACAAAGAUCCAAAGGCUGAAGGCGAACGCCUUGAUCACCAUCGAAAUUCAUUCCAGGGACGUGAUUGAUCGUCUCUACAAAGCCAACGUAAGAGAUGCCAACUCUUUUGAGUGGUUCUCUCAGUUGAGGUUUAUGUGGGAACGUGACUCAGAAGAGUGCGUCAUCAGACAGACCAACACUGAAUUCAGAUACGGUUACGAGUACAACGGCAACUCCGGAAGGCUUGUGAUUACUCCUUUAACCGAUAGGUGCUACAUAACUUUGACAACAGCCUUGCACUUGUUCCGUGGGGGAAGCCCCAAAGGACCGGCAGGCACGGGCAAAACGGAAACCGUAAAGGACUUGGGAAAGGCGAUGGGAAUGUGGGUGAUCGUCACCAAUUGCUCCGAAGGCUUGGACUACAAAAGCAUGGGCAAGUGCUUCUCCGGUCUGGCUCAGACCGGUGCCUGGGGUUGUUUCGACGAGUUCAACCGCAUCAACAUCGAAGUGCUGUCGGUGGUGGCGCAGCAAAUUUUGUCCAUCCUCCAAGCUGUGUCGUUCAAGAAGCGACUGUUCGUGUUCGAAGGUACCGAAAUCAAACUGAAGCUAACUUGCGGCAUCUUCAUCACGAUGAAUCCCGGUUACGCGGGAAGGACUGAGCUGCCCGACAAUCUGAAGUCCAUGUUCCGUCCAAUCUCCAUGAUGGUACCGGACAGUAACAUCAUCGCCGAGAACAUCCUCUUCAGCGACGGCUUCCAAAACACCAAGGUGUUGGCCAAGAAGGUUUACACGUUGUACCAACUUGCCAUACAACAACUGAGCAAGCAAGACCACUAUGACUUUGGGCUGAGGUCAAUGGUGGCGCUUUUGAGGUAUGCUGGGAGGAAGAGGAGACUACUGACGGCGGUACCUGAGGAGCAAGUUGUAUAUCUGGCCAUGAGGGACAUGAAUAUUGCCAGAUUAACCGCUGCCGACGUGCCUUUAUUCAACGGCAUUAUGUCUGACAUCUUCCCUGGCGUCAGCAUUCCUUUAAUCGAUUACAUAGAAAUGAACAACGCCAUCGUUGAUUACAUGACCGAAUCCAAUCUUCAACCAAUCAAAACAGCCAUCAACAAAGUAAUCCAGUUGUACGAGACGAAAAGUUCCCGCCACUCCGUGAUGAUCUUGGGCAAGACUGGAACUGCCAAAACUACCACAUGGAGGACGUUACAAAACGCCAUGAAGAAGCUUUCAGAGAAGAACCCCGGUUUCCAAAAGGUAUUCGAAUAUCCAAUAAACCCCAAAGCUUUAAACCUGGGGGAACUCUACGGGGAAUAUAAUUUGGCAACUGGUGAAUGGUUAGAUGGGGUGAUCAGUGCUGUCAUGAGGCAAACCUGCUCCGAGGAGACGCCGUCAGAGAAGUGGAUCCUUUUCGACGGACCUGUAGACGCAGUAUGGAUAGAAAACAUGAACAGCGUCAUGGAUGACAACAAGGUGCUGACCCUCAUCAACAGCGAUCGAAUUACAAUGCCGGAACAAGUCUCCUUGCUGUUUGAAGUGGAAGAUUUGGCCGUUGCGUCUCCUGCUACCGUCAGCAGAUGUGGCAUGGUCUAUCACGACUACAGAGACUGGGGAUGGAAGCCUUACGUCGAGUCUUGGUUGAACUCCCAGUCGGAAAAGGGGGAAAUCUUUAAGACAACUAUGAAGGAGUUCUUUGAGUUUUACCUGCACAACAUCUUGGAGUUCAAGCGGUUGCACUGCGAGGAAGCUGUAGUUUGCCCCGAGAUCAACGUGGUGAAGUCGCUGUGCAAACUUCUGAACAUAUUCGGGAGGAAGAAGUACGGGCUGGAUCCCAACAUUGAAGAACGCUAUUGGGAAAUCGCCAAAGCUUGGUUCCUCUUCUGUCUAAUUUGGUCUGUGGCUUGUACCACCAAUGAGGAGGGCCGCAAAAAGAUGGACAAUUACAUUCGUGAAAAGGACGGAUCAUUUCCAGUCCAAGACAGCGUUUAUGAGUACUACGUGGACCAAAUCAACGGUACUUUCUUGCACUGGGACAACAAGUUGCCUCCAAAUUGGAAAUACGAUGAUGAUGCCCCAUUUUACAAAAUAAUGGUGCCCACCAUCGACACAUUAAGAUACCAGUACUUGAUCAGCGCCCUUUUGUAUGACGGUAAACCGGUACUGCUAACAGGAACAAUCGGUACCGGAAAAACGUCAUCCGCCCACUCAGUCCUCCAAAUGUUCGAUCCGGCUAAGUAUUCAGUGUGCGUGGUAAACAUGUCUGCGCAGACCUCGUCUUUGAACCUCCAGGAAGCCAUAGAAGCACGCUUGGAGAAACGAACCAAAGGGGUAUUCGUGCCCAUCGGUAACAAGAACAUGAUCACCUUCCUGGACGACAUGAAUAUGCCGGCUAAGGAGACGUAUGGGUCGCAGCCUCCUUUGGAGCUGCUUCGUCAGUUGUUGGAUUAUGGAUUUUGGUACAACAGGCAGUACCAGACCAGGACUUACGUCAUGCAAAUGAACGUUUUGGCUGCGAUGGGUCCUCCAGGAGGUGGAAGGAAUGUUAUUACUGAAAGGUUGUUGAAUAUGUUCAAUGUGUUUUACAUGACGUUCCCCAAUGACGAAACCAUUGAAAGGAUAUUCGGAAGGAUGCUGCAGCAACACCUCAACGCCUUUGGCGAAGAUAUGAAGAUGAUUGGGAACAAGAUAACCAAGAUGACGAUUAACCUUUAUGCACAUGUCAUACAGAAACUACUACCAACUCCUACAAAGAUCCAUUACAUGUUCAAUUUGAGGGACAUUUCCAAAAUUUUCCAAGGUUUGUUGAGGAGUCACAAAGACUAUCAGAACAACAAACCUUCGAUACUAAGACUGUGGAUUCAUGAGACUUUCAGAAUAUUCUUUGACAGACUAAUAGACGAUAAGGAUAGAGAAUGGUUUUAUGAACAAGUUAACACACAGCUGGGAGCUUCCUUCGAAUUAACCCUUCACAGCCUGUGUCCUCAACGAAUCAUACCAAUUUUCGCAGACUUCAUCAACCCUUACAGCGUCUACGAAGACAUAGUAGAUAACGCAGUCUUAAGGAAAUACUUGGACAACCAACUGGAGGAGUACAACGCUUCACCUGGAGUUGUAAGAAUGAACUUGGUGCUCUUCCAGGAUGCCAUGCAACAUGUCACCAGAGUUGUCAGAGUUAUUUCACAACCAAGAGGACACAUGCUCCUAGUCGGAAUUGGUGGAAGCGGAAGACAGUCUUUGGCACGUCUGGCGUCGUACAUCUGCGAGUAUUCCGUCUUCUCAAUACAACUGAAAAAGCAGUACAGAGUGCAAGAAUUCAAGGAAGACUUGAAGACCCUGUACAACACUUCAGGCGUGCUAAACAAAGCUACGACCUUCCUCUUCAACGACACCCAAAUAGCUGACGAGUCGUUCUUGGAAAUCGUCAACAACAUGUUGAGCACGGGCGAGGUCGCCAACUUGUACAAACCGGAGGAGUUCGAGGAGGUCAAGGGUAAAAUGGAGAAGGACGCCACCAAAGCGGGGAUUGUGUCCAGCAACAACGAAGACAUGUACUCGUUUUUGAUCGAAAGAGUCAGAUCGAACAUGCACGUGGUACUUUGCAUGAGUCCGAUUGGUGAGAGCUUCCGCAACAGGCUGAGGAAGUAUCCGGCUUUGGUGAACUGCACGACCAUCGAUUGGUUCACGGAGUGGCCUAAAGAGGCUUUAUUGGAGGUCGCCAAUAAAUAUAUCGAAGACGUUAAUUUUGUAGCCACCAUUACCGGAAAAACUAUUGAAAAACGACGAGGUUCAGUUCUGGUGUCCAGUCAAGAUAAACUAAGGGAAUCCACGGCUAAAACGAUGAGUGUUAUACACAGUUCUGUAAUUGAGUACUCAAGAAAAAUGGUAACCGAAAUGAAACGGUACAACUACGUCACACCCACCAACUAUCUGGAGUUGGUGGCAGGUUUUAAAGGCAUGUUAGCCGAAAAGAGACUAACAACAUCAACGGACGCCAACAAGCUGCGCAACGGUCUUUGGAAAAUUGACGACUGCAGAGAAAAAGUCAAAACCAUGUCCGUAGAAUUGGAGGAGGCGCAGGUUAAAGUGGCAGAAUUCCAGCAGCAGUGCGACGAGUAUUUGGUCAUCAUCGUCGCUCAAAGGAAAGAAGCUGACGAACAACAAAAGGAAGUCACAAUUAAAAGCAUCAAAAUUGGUGAAGAAGAGGUUGAAUGCAAAAAGAUGGCGGAGAUCGCCCAGGCAGAUUUGGAUGAAGCUAUGCCGGCGUUGAACGAAGCUAUUGCUGCGUUGGAUGCUUUGAGCAAGAAGGACAUUAGUGAGAUGAAGUCGUACUCUUCACCUCCUCAAAAAGUACGAAUGGUUAUGGAGGCUGUUUGUAUACUCAAAGGGGUAGACAUAUCUUGGGACUCAGCCAAGAAAUUACUCGGAGAGUUAGACUUUUUGAAGGCGUUGAAGGAGUUCGACAGGAACCACAUAAGUGAAAAGACUCUGAAAAGAAUUGCCGGUUAUACAUCCAACGAAGAGUUCGUACCGGAUAAAGUCGGACUUGUGUCUUUUGCAGCUAAAUCUUUGUGCAUGUGGGUGAUUGCCAUAGAAAAAUAUGCCAAAGUUUGGAAAAUCGUUGGUCCAAAACAGGCACGUCUGGAAGAAGCAAUGGAAUCUCUGGCUGAAAAACAGAGAAUGUUGGCGGAAGCACAACAAAAAUUAGCUGAAAUCAACGCCACCCUUGAAAAACUCCAAAAAGAAUACGAUGAAAAGCUUGCACUCAAAGAGGAACUAACCAGAAAGGCUGAAAUGUUGAAACUCAAACUGGAACGAGCUGCGAUGUUGGUGGAGUGUCUUUCCGGUGAACGAGAGCGUUGGACUGAAACUGUAGCGGUCUUAGAUAACGUUUUUGAUCGUCUUCCUGGUGAUUGUUUGUUGGCUACUGCUUUUAUCUCUUACCUGGGUCCAUUUGUCACCAACUACAGAGAGGAACUGUUAACCAUUUGGAUUGAUGGGGUGAAUGAAGAAGAGAUUCCAUAUUCACCCAACUUCAACGUGAUACAUUUCCUAACUGAUCCUACAACAAUAAGGGAAUGGAACAUCUUCGGGCUGCCUCAGGACUCUUUCAGCACAGAAAACGGCAUAAUAGUAACGAGAGGUACGAGAUGGCCUUUGGUCAUCGACCCACAAAUCCAAGCAGCCAAAUGGAUCAAAGCCAUGGAAGAACAGAACAAUUUGGAGGUGGUGGACUUCGAAGUGCCCGACUACAUUAAAAUAAUAAUGAGGGCUGUACAAAUGGGAACUCCCAUACUCAUCCAGAAUAUUGCUGAGUCAAUCGAUCCUUCCAUUGAACCAAUUGUUUCGAAACAAAUUGUGAGGCAAGGCGGUGAUGAUUUAAUGACAAUAGACGACACUCCCGUCUCCUACAAUUAUAAUUUCCGUUUCUUCAUGACGACCAAAUUGGUUAACCCUCACUAUCCUCCGGAAAUCUCCACCAAAACUACUUUGGUCAACUUUGCUGUUAAGGAAGUGGGUCUUCAGAACCAGCUGUUGGGCAUCGUCGUGAGGAAAGAGAAGCCGGAAUUGGAGGAACAGAAGGACGAGAUGGUGAUGACCAUCGCCAAAGGCAAAAGAUCAUUGGUGGACUUGGAAAAUGAGUUGCUGAGACUGUUGAACGAAACCAGAGGCGAGAUUUUAGAAGAUGUCGAACUGUUCAACAACCUGCAAACUUCCAAAGCCACCGCUGCAGAGGUUAAGAGUAGUUUGGAGGCGUCCGAGAAGACUGAAAUACAAAUUGAUCUGGCCCGAAUGGGUUAUCAACCGAGCGCCAAAAGGGCAGCCAUUUUGUAUUUUGUUUUGUAUGACUUGGGACGAAUUGAUCCAAUGUAUCAGUUCUCGUUGGACGCAUAUAUCUACUUGUUUAUUAACUCCAUAAUGAAAAGCAAAAAGAGCAACAAUUUGGCGGAAAGGAUUUACUCCUUGAACGAAUAUCACACCUACGCAGUUUACAAGAACACAUGUAGGGCUUUGUUUGAGCACCACAAAUUGAUGUUCUCGUUUCACAUGUGUGUGAAGAUUCUGGAGGCUCAAGGCAAGAUUCUCAGCCACGAGUACCAAUUUUUGCUCAAAGGUGGAAUUGUUUUGGAUCGUGCCAAUCAAAUCGACAAGCCCAGUGUUUGGUUGAGCGAUGAAGCUUGGGACAACAUCACAGAACUGGACAAGAUCCAAGGUUUCCACGGGAUCAUCGACACCUUCGAGCAGUACCCAAGAGAUUGGUACAUGUGGUACAUAAACACUGAGCCAGAACAAACUCCUUUAGUUGCUGAAUGGAACGACAUCUGCAAUGAGUUUCAAAAGAUGUUGUUCGUGAGAUCCUUGCGGCAAGACAGAGUGUCGUUUUGCAUCGCCAAUUUCGUCAUCAAUCAGCUCGGGCCCACUUUUGUGGAACCUCCAGUGUUAGACAUCAAAUCCGUGUUGGAGGAAUCCGUUCCCCAAACACCCUUGAUCUUCGUACUAUCACCUGGAGUCGACCCAACUAGCAGCCUCUUACAAUUGGCUCAGGGUUGCGGAAUGAUGACCAAGUUCCACUCGUGCAGCUUGGGACAGGGACAAGCACCUGUUGCCACAAGGUUGUUGCAAGGAGGAGUGAAAGAUGGCCACUGGGUAUUCUUGGCCAACUGUCACUUGUCUUUGAGCUGGAUGCCCAAACUGGACAAAAUCGUGGACACGUUGCAAAGCGGGAAGGUGCACAAGAACUUCAGAUUGUGGCUCAGUUCCAGCCCCCACCCGGACUUCCCCAUUUCGAUUUUGCAGGUCGCCAUCAAAAUGACCACUGAACCACCCAAGGGAAUAAAAGCUAAUUUGAGAAGACUGUACCAGAUCGUCACCGAAGAUCAAUUCAACAAGUGCAAGUCGAAGGAAAAGUACAAGAAGUUAUUAUUUUGUUUGUGUUUCUUUCAUUCGAUACUGUUGGAAAGGAAGAAGUUCCAACAAUUGGGGUGGAAUGUGGUUUACAGCUUCAACGAUUCAGAUUUUGAAGUUUCAGAGAACCUUCUGGCUAUUUACCUCGAUGAGUACGAAAACAGCACCCCUUGGGAUGCCCUAAAAUAUUUAAUUGCUGGCGUCAAUUAUGGAGGGCACGUAACCGACGACUGGGACAGAAGAUUACUAUUGACUUACAUCGGUCAAUACUUAUCAGAUAAUUCUCUUCAGAUUCCUUAUCACAGACUUUCUUCAUUGGCAACCUAUUACAUCCCCAAAGAUGGAUCAAUUCAAUCAUAUUUAGAUUAUAUAACAUUGUUACCGAAUGUAGAUCGUCCCGAAGCUUUUGGACAACAUCCUAAUGCUGAUAUCACUUCUUUAAUCACUGAGUCGAGGAAUUUGUUCGAGACUUUAAUGUCGUUGCAAAUUCAAGCUUCUGGAGGCGAAUCUGAGAGCAAGGAACACAGAGUUUCUGAGUUAGCUAAUGAUGUUUUGUCCAAAGUGCCCGACGUCAUUGAUUAUGAAAGAACUGACAAGCUUACUGGUUUACAUAAGACUCCUUUAGAUGUUGUUUUGCUUCAGGAGAUACAAAGAUACAACAAACUAUUGAUCAAAAUAAAAACUUCUUUGGAGGAGCUUGGGAAGGCAAUAGAAGGCUUCGUGGUUAUGUCCAGUGAGUUGGAGGACAUUUUCAAUUGUAUUUAUGAAGCUAGAGUUCCAGGAGAGUGGCUCAAAGCUUACCCUUCGUUGAAACUACUUGGUUCUUGGACCAGAGAUUUGAUGGCAAGAGUGGAUCACUUCGGCACCUGGGCUGCCACUGUCAAACCACCAUUGUUCUUCUGGCUCAGCGCUUACACGUUCCCUACAGGGUACCUUACAGCUGUCCUCCAAACAACAGCACGUGCAACACAGGUACCAAUCGACACCUUAAGUUGGGAGUUUGAUGUGUUGACAGUGGACGAGAACACAAUACAAACCACCCCUGAAACCGGAGUGUACGUCAAAGGGUUGUAUUUAGAAGGUGGAGGAUGGGACAAGAAAAUGGCGUGUUUGAUUGAGCCUCAACCCAUGCAACUGGUUGUGCCAAUGCCUUUGAUAAAUUUCAAACCCAUGGAGGUGCUCAAGAAGAAGACUAAAGGGUUGUAUCAAUGUCCAACUUAUUAUUUCCCAAUAAGAACAGGAGUACAAAACAGGCCGGCGUUUGUUGUGGCGGUUGAUUUGAAAAGUGGAGGAGAAUCUGCAGACUUUUGGACCAAAAGGGGCACUGCUUUACUUCUAAGUUUGGCAAAUUAAUAUAUGUAUAGAUUUAUAAUAUUGUUUGUAGUAUACUAUAUGAUAAUAUAUAUCUUAUUUUCUGUUUAUUUGAA